CAUAUUUAAAGACCAUGCGGGUUCCAUCCAUAUUUGCCAACAGUUGUUUUCCCUUGGAUGUGAGGCACCAUCUUUAUACCGUUCUUUAAACAUGCCCUCCAUUCAGACGAUCCAGCUUUCCCAUCUUCCCUCGAACAGCCCAGUGCAUAUCGCGUUAUAUCGAGAUCUCCAAAAUGCAUCGUUUCUAAGGGAGCAACUACUUGCUGGAAAUACUGAAUUUGAAUAUGCCUUCAUCGACGCUGCAACGAUGCUCUCUACUACCCACUUGCUUGCAGCUGUGUUUCGAGCACUUAAUGACCACCAAAACAACCGAUUGAAGUCGAAGAAUGUUCAUUCAGAAAUAGUAUAUUCGCUCAGCGCUAAUAAUAAUAUUGCAGAAUCCUUUCGAAAAUUUGGGUUGACCGACGCCACAAAGGAUUUAAUAGUGGUAAAAGUGUCCAUGUCACCAGGGGUGACAAGUGAGUCCGUAGCUCAACAUCUGGGGGAAGUGGUCAAGGGAAUCUCACUUACUUUUGACGACGACAACCUCCGUCUGGUGUCAGAUAUUGGCAGGAUUAAGAAGGCAUAUAAGUUGGGUUCGGGGAUUACUAAACCAGCGCUGAAAGCUGAACCUGGCAAGGCUGGCCAGAACUACUCCCAUAAGCCGGUGGAGAUCGAAAUGAGAGAUCUCGAAAGGACCAUUCUUGGCCUCAUGGCUUUAAGAGGCUCGUGAUUAAUCUUGAUGCUGCGGCUGAUUUCGAUGUUAUAUCAGAAAUUGUUGAAUGGCCAUCUAAGGAUAUUUUCCCCUCUCACGGCUUCGAUUUUUUCUAUUUCUAUUGGAUUCUUUCGCAAGCUUCGGCUGCUACAUAUGUUAAUGAUG